GCCUCUCAUAUAAACCCCCCGCCCUCCCUCUAUCUUCACACACACCGUCGUUCAUCCUCACCUGUCACCUCACCUUGUAGUUGUACACCCACGCAGCAUUCUCCAUUCUAGCCGGCACCAACUGUUUGCUCAACACCAGCGAAUUCUAAAGUCUAGCGAUGGCAGACGCGACUGCGCCGCGACCGCUCCUCCGCCGCGCGCUCUCGUUCCGGGAGCCGCUGCUGCUCAUCCCCCACCUCGUCGGUUUCCUCGGCACCGUCGCGUCCGCCUUCUUCCACAGCUACGCCUCCUUCCUGCAGUCCUUUGCCAGGUCGAUCCUCGUCCCGUCGCCGGCCGCUUACGCCAAGUGCGCUUACGCAACGUCCUCGGCGGCGCACGUCGCGCCGUGCUGCGAGGACGUCCGCGCCGAGGAGGAGGAGGACAACGAGCUGCGGAAGGAAGAGGUGGAGGCGAUCAUGGCUAGGAUGGGGCUGGGAGUGGCCGGCUCCGGCGAGGGGCUGAGGGCCAGCAUGGGCCACAACGAGGUGUCCCGGCUGUUCGACGCCGAGGAGCCGAGCUUCGCGGAGCUACGGCGCGCGUUCGCCGUGUUCGACGGCGACGCGGACGGGUUCAUCGGCGCGGCGGACCUGCAGGGCGCCCUGGCCAGGCUCGGGUUCCCGGAGGUCGACGCGGCCGCGUGCGAGGCCAUGAUCUCGGCGAGCUGCGGAUCCAGGGACGGCAGGAUGAACCUGUUCCAGUUCGUCAGGUUCCUUGAGGACGGACUCUGCUGACAGAUCGGCCUCAGCUGGCGCGCGGCAGAAGAUGGGAGUUCUUGAUUGUCCUGUUUUUCCUUCUGCGACGCGAAGAGUUGGGGGUGGGGUGGAUGGAUUGUGCAACAAAUUAACGCACUAAUUCUCGAGCUUAUUGAUGGAUCGAACUGAUUUCGCCAAUUGAUCAUAACUAAUCUUUGAUUAAUGAUUAUACACAUUGCUCCCAAAAUCGACCGGUGGUUUGCUUCACUUUCACGUAUCAAUGAUCUUGCCUUUCGGCA